UUCAUACUAGCAAAAUGAGAUAAACCAAGUAAGUUAAGGAAGAAAUCUGUGUUUUUUUUUUUUUUUUUUUUUCCUGAAACGUUAUGGUUGUUAAUACUUAAGUGAUGGUAUCUAUUUGCUACUCAUUUGUGUGUAACUCUUGCCUUUCUCUGGCACUAGUUUUCAUCCAGGAAACCAGACCAGAGCUGUGGAAAUAGCGUUACUUAGAGCAGUGGUAGCAAAUGUUGGGAUAGCUGGUGUUACUGCCUGUUACUACUUACCAUCCACGGUUGGAGGUUGGUCAUAAUUGAAACUUCCUUCUUUUUGUUUUAGACUGAGACUUGAGAAAUGACGGUCGGUACCUUUUCCCCUUGCUUUGGCUUUUGUCUCCCUCUGCUGGGCGUUUUAAGAACUUCCCAGUUGCGUACAGCACUUCUAAACGCAGUACUUAGGAAUUUACGUAGCAAAUGCGUCGUAAAACGUUUUCAUCCUUCAGGACGAGAUCCUGCUGUACUUCUGUGGAGACGUCACGGGACGAUUAGGCGCUCCCCUGCGCGCAGCGCGUCCCGUUGCCGUGAGGCGCAGCCUGGCUUCGUGCUGCGGAGGACCGGCCCGCGCCGGCCGCGCGAGUGGCGCCCGCACUGCGCGGCGUUCGCGGCGCUUUUCCGCGGCCCGGCUCCGCCCCUCCGUGACGCCGCUCUCGGAGCGAGCCAAUCCCCCGGGCCCGGCGCAUUCAAACGGGGCGGGAGGAGGGCGCGAGCCGCUGUGGGGCGAGCGGAGGCGAAGCGGAGGGUUCUGUGAGAAGGAGCAACCAAAUAUAAUAUUUUAGGAAGCAGUUGUAUGUGCUAUCAUCCUGAUGUUAACUUGUUUGAAGACAAAAUGCCAGUUUACACAGUUUCUGUAAGCAAGACCUAUACGGCACGACGUACUACCACUUUGCAGAAGAUAGCUUCACAAAAUGCAUUAACCAGCAGCAAAAUGUUGGGGCAGCAACUGGCAUCACAUGUGUCAGGAAAAGACCAGGACAGUCUUCUGUCACGUUCCCAGAAUAAGUCUGAGGAAGUAAAUAGGACCUAUGUGAUUUCAGCCUGUAAAAAUGUGGAUGACACGUCACUUACACUGAAACCUCAGGACAGAUUAACACUCCAGAGGAGAACUAGAACAAGCAAAAAUUUGGCAUCAAGUAGUGAGCAAUCUGAUAAAAAUACACUCCAGGGCACAGAGAAUAAGCAAACAGAGAAAAGGCUUACCCUGCAGAGGCGUGUGAAGAGUGGCUCUGUAGAAAAGAGUACAGUUAAUGGGAAUGCUGUGCCUGGAGCAGAAAACUGUGUCUUUGCUGAAGGAAAACACAAGACUGCACUUCAACGCGAUAUUAGUAAUAAUGAUACCCAUUAUAUUAAACCAAGCUGUAAGUUAGCUGAGGGUCAACAAGUUACGAAGUUGAGUUAUAAGCCCAAUAGCAAGGAUUUGUUUGGCAAUGUUGAAAACGAUGGCUGCGUGCACUCAAAAUGUAGGAUGACUGCUGCUGAUGCAAAACUUCAAAAAGAUGUUCCUAUAUCAGAACAAAUAGCUACCUCAAAGUAUGUUAAUCAGAUAUCAGGAGAGCAGCUGAACGAACGAGGUGAUAUAAGAAGAAUAGCUGGAAAGCCAAGGUUACAACAGUUAAAACAUAACAGCUUAGAAAGACUAAGGACGCCAACAAAAGCUUGGACAGAAGAAUUUAAGCUUACACCAAAGAACAGCACUUUUCAGGUUAAGACAUCUCUAUCUGCUUCAAGUAAACAAACAGCUAAUCUUCCAACCGUGUCAGAAAAGAAAACAAGGUGUCCUCCUGUGGGUAGAAGUGCAAAAGCAGAUGAGAAUGCUGAAACUCUAGCUGAAAGCAACAGCACUGAGAAAGAUAUUUUUAAAGUAGAAAACAGCAAAGUCAUUGUAGCUGUGCGUGUGCGGCCUUUCAGUAGCAGAGAGCAAAAUGAGAGCUUGCUCCCUGUAGUAUCUAUGAGCGGAUCAGAGACAUCUGUACGAAAUCCAAGCACCAACCAACUCUACAACUUCAGUUAUGACUUCUCUUUUUGGUCUUUUGACAAGUGUCAUCCUAACUUUGCAAGCCAAGAAAUGAUUUAUAAAACUUUGGCAUUGCCGCUACUGGAAAGAGCUUUUGAGGGAUACAACACUUGUCUUUUUGCUUAUGGGCAGACUGGUUCUGGAAAAUCAUACACGAUGAUGGGCUUUGAUGAAGACCGAGGGAUAAUUCCAAGACUUUGUGAAGAUCUUUUCACCCGGAUAGCACAGAUGGACCAGCAACAGGUCUUGUAUCACCUUGAAAUGAGCUAUUUUGAAGUUUACAAUGAGAAAAUUCAUGAUCUCCUUGUCUUUAAAGCUGACAGCAGACAGAAGAAACAGCCACUUCGUGUAAGAGAACACCCAGUGUUAGGACCAUAUGUGGAAGACCUAACAGUGAAUGUUGUCAGUUCUUACUCAGAUAUCCAGAGUUGGCUUGAACUGGGAAAUAAGCAGAGAGCAACAGCUGCUACUGUAAUGAAUGACAAAAGUUCUAGAUCUCAUUCUGUCUUCACUCUUGUUAUGACACAAACCAAGGUAAAGUUUGAGGAUGAAGAGCAACGUGAUCACAGGCUUACCAGCCAUGUAAAUCUAAUUGAUUUAGCUGGCAGUGAAUGCUGCUCUACAGCUCAGACCACUGGAGAAAGGCUGAAGGAGGGUGUGAGUAUUAAUAAAUCACUAUUAACCCUUGGAAAAGUCAUUUCUGCGCUCUCCAAGCUGGCACAAAAUGGAAAGAAAACUUUCAUUCCUUACCGGGAGUCUGUCCUUACUUGGUUAUUAAAGGAAAGUCUUGGUGGAAAUUCACAAACUGCUAUGAUUGCCACAAUAAGUCCAGCUGCCAGCAGUACAGAAGAAACGCUCAGCACUCUUCGCUAUGCGAAACAAGCGUGUUCAAUUAUCAACGUGGCUAAAGUAAAUGAGGAUGUGAAUGCCAAGUUAAUCAGAGAGCUGAGAGCUGAAAUUGAGAAACUGAAGGCAGCUCAGAAGAGUGCUCAGAACAAAGAUCCUGAAAAAUACAGACACUAUUUGCAAGAAAUAACAUCUCUGAGGAUAAAAUUGCACCAGCAGGAAAGGGACAUGACAGAAAUGCAAAGGGCUUGGAAAGCGAAACUUGAGCAAGCAGAAAAAAGAAAACUAGAAGAUAUAAAAGAAUUGCAGAAAGCAGGAAUUGCAUUCAAAAUGGACAAUCGUUUACCAAAUCUUGUCAAUCUGAAUGAAGAUCCUCAACUUUCUGAAGUGCUGUUGUAUAUGAUUAAAGAAGGAGAAACUACAGUUGGAAGGUAUACAGCGAAUUCAAAACAUGAUAUCCAGCUUUCCGGAGUGCUAAUUGCUGAUGAUCACUGUGUUAUAAAAAAUACUACUGGCCAAGUGAGUAUUAUUCCACUGAGAGAAGCUAAGACAUAUGUAAAUGGGAAAUGCAUUGUAAACCCAACAGUUCUGCAUCAUGGUGAUCGAGUGAUCCUUGGUGGAGAUCAUUACUUCAGAUUUAAUCAUCCAGUAGAGGUUCAGAAGGCUAAAGGGCCAUCUGGUGGAACUACGUUUUUGCACGAUGGUCCGAAAGACUUUGAAUUUGCAAAGAAUGAGCUGCUUAUUGCACAGAGAGCACAGCUUGAAUCAGAAAUUGAAGAGGCACGACUCAAAGCCAAGGAAGAAAUGAUGCAAAGUGUCCAAAUCGCAAAAGAAAUGGUUCAACAAGAACUGACAUCACAAAAAGAAGCUUAUGAAAGCAAAAUAAAGUCACUGGAAGCAGAGGUGAGAGAAGAAUCUCGUAAGAAGGAAGUGCAAGAACUGAACAAUCAAAAGGCUGCAAGUAAAAUACAGGAAUUAGAGAAGGCAAAGCAAAAUCUUGAACUAGAACUACACUUCAACAAGAAGCGCUUGGAAAUGGAGACACUAGCUACUAAACAGGCUUUGGAAGAUCAUACUAUUCAUCAUGCAAAAAUACUUAAAGCUCUAGAAGAAGAGAAACAAAAGAUUGCUGAAGAAAUUCAAACCCUUCAGAAGAAUCGUGCAAGUGGGAAUAAAACUGUGAAUACUUCUCUUAGCUGGAAUUCUUUGAAGUUAUCUGUGAUGAUCAAAGAAGCCAACACCAUUAGUAGUGAAUUAGGGAAAAACACUAUUUUUAACAGGCAUGACAAAAUAGAUGAUAAAACAGGAUCAGUGUCUUCUGUUCAAGUACAGGUUCGUAACAUCAAACUGCGCAUAGCAACUUUCUGGAGCCUGGAGAAAUUUGAAUGCAAACUAGCAGCUAUGAAAGAACUCUAUGAGAGUAAUGAUAGCAAUAAAGCUGCUGACGUAUUUUAUGACCCUGCUGAUGAGUGGGAACCUGACCUUUCAGAUGCCUCAGUUUCUUCUCUUUCCAGAAGAAGAAGUAGGAGUUUCAUGAAGAACAAGAGAAUUUCUGGAUGUUUGUCUGGUAUAAAAAUGCAGCCAAUCCAGAACAUGCAAGCAUCCUAUAUAUCAGGUGCACAGAAUAAAUCCAGCAUAUGCCCAAACUUUUUUGAUUCUCUUCUUCCUGGAAUUUGCAAAGAAUCUAUAAGUUCAGCUUUAGAUUUACUGGAACAGAAUCACGAAGGAGGAAAGAGCAUUGCAGAUCAUCUCCUGAUUAAUUUGUUUACCAUUUCUUCAGGAGUUUCUGCCAUUUCUAAAGCUUACGAGCAGCAAGAUGACGACUGUCAAAAAAAUUUUAUCUCUCUUGACCAUGAUGCUCAGUCCUACGGCAUCAAAAUUACCUCUGCUUUUGACCAGCUUGUGGUACUGAUCAAGACUUGGCUUAACAAUGUGCAGAAGUGCAUUGGAUCUAUGAAGAUUAAUGAAGAAAUAAAACAGGAAGUAAAGAACUUGGGAGGUUAUUUACAGUUACUGUUGCAGGGAUGUUCUUCAGAUAUAUCCUCAAUGGUCACAGAAGCACAAAGCAAAGUCAAUGAAGCAGUAAAGCAGACGAUGAAAUGCAUAGGACACCUGGCAGUAUUCACAAGAACUGAUAUUUCCUUUUUUGAAGAGAGCACUAUUUCUACAAUCAGCCUACAGGACUUUGUACGUGCUGUUUAUGAUGGUGUAGUCUCAGGGCUGAAUUUGCUUACAGAUACUGUGCAAGAAAAAGCAAGAAUGAUGCAGAAAGAACUAGUGAAACAAUAUCCACAGAAUGAGAUUCAAAGUCAAAUUAAGGACAAUGCCGUGGCUUUAGCCAGAUUCCUUGAAAGUAAUGUGUCUCAUUGCAGAAAGAAAGGAAUACAAUCUCACUUAUCAGAAGAAGAAUGGCUAUAUCAGGAAAUAAAGAGAAGCACUAACAUCGCUGCAAAAUAUUUGGAACUGGAGCGUUGUCUAUCCGAAGUGCAUCAGAUUGUUUCUUCUACCUUACAAGGGUCGUUCAGAAACACGAGCCUGCUCAGGAGCUUUGCGGGAGAGAUUUCUAUCAUAGCUGGAUAUCUUAACAAUUAUUUCAGUUUACUUGCAUUGUCUUCUGCUUCUGCAAGCAAUCCUUUCCAGAGAACAACAAUGCCAUUUAUGAACUUAGAUGAAUUGGACUCUCUUGUUGAUUCACUUAUUUUGAGUUUUGAACUUGAACAAGGACAGAUAAAACAGAGAUCUCAGGUUGCUUGUAAUGAAACUACUGAGACUGAAGGAAGACAAGUUGAAACAGGUGAAGCAGAACUUUCUUGGAGACAGAAGGGAGUUCCAAAACGCACAUAUAAACUCCAGUCACCACCUGCACUUUCAGGGGAGCUCUCACCUGAUAGGGUGAUAGAGUGGGUGUAAAAUACUGCUAUCAAGAAUUCAGGGAAAUAUGUUUUCUUUCCAUGAAGUAAAGGCUUUUGUGGCAGAAGAGCUAAUUCAUGGUUUGAACCAGUGACUGAGCAUCUGGUGGGAAGGAGGGCCAACCCAGGGGAGCUCAGGUGCAUUUAAGGGUUGGCAGUAGAGGUGAGGGUAUCUCACUGGACUUCCCUGCAUACCUGAAACCUUCCUAAGUGAAAACAAAACAAAAAGAGAUCUCCUGAGCUGACAGUUCAUCAACAAUAAACCACCGGAAAAGCUAAUACUUGCAGGUAUCUUUCCAUCUUGUGAGGUGCUUUUUUAAAAUCUCAAUUAUAUAAGUACAAGUAAAAUGUGAAUAGAAAAGUUUAUGAAGAAUUGAAGGAAAGAAAGGGAAUAGCAAGUAAACUUGUAGUCAUCUCUAUUAACGAAAAAAAGAGAAACCCAAACAAAUAAAACUCCAAACAUAUAAAACUGAAGAAUACAUUAAAUGACUUUCAUCCAGUUUCCUAAUGUUACUUCAUUAAUCUCUGCACAACGCUGGUAGGUUAAUAACAAAUACUAAUCUUGAUAGAUGUUAUUGUCUGAAUAUAUUGUUAUAUUAUAAUGUAUUUUUUGCAUACAGAUCUAUAUAGAGAAUAGAGACAAACAUCAAAAGUUAAAAGCAACCAAACAAAAUUUCCCAAACCUACGAAGUAACCAUGAUUGUUUUGAUUUGCUAUUUAAGAGUCUGUAGGUUUACUGAAACUUUAUUUGUAUUGAUUUAAGGAUGUGUUAAAUGGCACCGACACACUUCGCUGAGUACAAAACUGUUUGGUUUCAUUCCCUAUUUGUAUCUUAAAUUGCUGUAAAAAUGCUGUCAUCUAGUAAUGAUGUGGUGUUUUCCUCUAUUUUUCUAUAAAAUUAACGCGCUUCUACAACUCCCUCUAGUGUGCAUACAAUGAUAUUGAUAAAGUGAUACUUAGAAAAAAGAAGCUGCGAUAUAUACUGAUGUAAGCAUAUUUGUGCACAAUCUUGCACUCCAGUGUGAAGUUACAUAUGAUAUGAUCCCAAGAGGUCUCUUCUUGUACGAUUCUGUGAUUUGUUUGCAGCAAAACUUUACUAUCUGUUUGUGGCCAUGUAUGCAAGGAGACAAAAAAGCCCAAGGCAGCUCAAUAAAUUAUGAUGUUGAAAUGUGCUUAUUACAUGCUUUGAAGCAAAGCUAUUUUGUUUUAGAAGUGGAGUUCCUUACAGCUUUAUUCUGGAAUAUGCUAUAUGUAGGUGUCCUAAGCAGUUUCUAAAAGAAAACUUUGCACAACAGACUUGACAAAAUCAGAACAGUAAUUAGCAAAUAAUACUAAAGGUAUUUUCAUUCUCCUGAGCUAUUUUUAUCAGGUUUGUUUGCUACUGGUAAAUAGGACUCAGUUUGUUUGAUAUUCCUUUUUAUUUGCCCACUGCCAAUCUCCCACUUGCAAGGAAAUAAUUUCAAAAGUUCUGUGCAUGCUUCUUACCACUGAAAUUUCAAGAUGAUCAAAUGUGUUAAAUAGUUAUUAGAAAUAGUAGAAUCAGAAAAGCUUACAUCAGUGUUGACUUAUCUGGCUUUCAGUUUUUGAUUAAAACCAGUAAUAUGCAAGUUUAAUCUCUUCCCAUAAUCUUGGAUCUUUCUACAAGAGGAUUAAUCAAAUGGUGAAGAGCAUAAAUAGCGCAUACAUUAUGCGUGUCAUAUUACAUAAGGGGUGUGUGUGUGUGUGUAUGUAUAUAUAUGAGGGCUUUUGUCAGCUAUGUCUCCUAUUUUAUUAUGUUGUUCUGUGAAAUCGGAGGUCUAUGACAUGGAAGUCUAUGUGAAGAUAAAAUGUGCCACCGAAUUCCUCCCUGAGGAAAAAAUGGCACCUACUGGCAUUCUUUGAUGCUUUCUGAACAUUUCUGGAGGACAAACAGUGGAUGUGAACACAGUGAGGCAGUGGGUGGUAAGUUUCAGCAGUGGUUGGCCAUGCAGAUUUGUACAAGCAUGGCAUGUGGGCUCUUAUUUGCAGCUGGUGAAAAUCUAUAGCUAAUGGUGGUGACUUGAAAAAUAGUGUUUUGUGUCUGAGAGUCUGCUGUAUCAAAUAGCAUUGUUAUGGUCUUUGAAUCUGUUGUAGUUUCUGUGGAAAUAAAAAGGCGACAUGA